AGCAUCCUUGCUCCAUCCAUCGUACGGUACACUCGUACCAAUCAGCGUUAGCGCGAAGGGAUAACGUCCGUCCGUUCCAUCCUCGCGCGCGCGGCCGCUCCGGCUCCGGCUCCGGCCAUGGCGUCCACCUCCGCCUCCCUCGGCGCCAUCCUCCAGCGCUUCCCGCUGCUCGCGCCCCGCCCCGCCUCCCGCCGCGCGCCCACCGCCCGCCGCGCCGUCGCCAACAAGAUCUCCUGCAUCGGAUGGGACCCGGAGGGCAUCCUGGCGCCGCCGCAGCCGGGCCACAUCGCGCGCCUCGAGUUCCGGCGCCGCCUCGACAGCGACGCCGACGCGCGCGCCGCCUUCGACCUCCAGGUCAAGGAGGAGCAGGAGCGCCGCCGCAAGGAGCGCGAGGCGCGGGUGAUACCUGAGACGGACGCCGGGCUGGUGGAGUUCUUCCUGGACACGGACGCGCGGGAGAUCGAGAUCGAGAUCGGCAGGCUCCGGCCCAGGCUCAACAAGGGCUUCUUCGACCACAUCCAGCGCGAGAUCGCGCAGAUCAAGUUCGCAGUCACCAGAACAGCGGCAAAUGAAGACAGACUGAUCGAGCUGGAGGCGAUGCAGAAGGUCAUCGGGGAGGGAGUCGAGGCCUACGACAAGCUGCAAAACGACCUGGUCACGGCCAAGGAGCGGCUCACCAACAUCCUGCAAUCCAAAGAUAGGAAGAAAACUCUGCUCGACAUGGUUGAACGGAACGAGCUCAACAUGUCCAUAUUAACGCUUCUCGACGAGAACAUAGCGAGCGCCAAGACCAGUAACCAGGAGGAGGCCGUGGCUUUCAUGGAGGAUGUGCGCUCAUCUAUGCUGAAAUACAUAACAGUAUAAAUUUUGCCUACAUACACCGGUGACCAGUUAUCUCUGCUAUGGCACUGGAGUCGUCUUCGGCGCAUAGUUGUUCGAAUUAAUUCAAUGGAGCUGUAAUUCACAAGGCCAUCUUGUGUGUUGUAAUUUUGUUUCGGUUGUAUCUAGUUGUUCUGUCUGAUAUAUGUUGCAAUUGUCAGUAGCUUUACUGGCAAAAAGAGAUUGUACAAUCAUAUGUACAUGCACGGCUGUACCAGAAACAAAUACAACAAGACUAUGAUCUGUUCUCCUGGUCGGUAAACUGGUUUACCAAUGUA